CGCGUGGUUCGGGGUUCCGGACCCACGCUACCGCCAUCUGACAGAUCUAGUUAAAAGUACUUCUUCCAAUGGCCUCUAAACCAUUUCUUGGUCUUCACAAUAAGUAGGUGUCCGACCACAGUGACAUUACUUUUUCUUCCCUAUGCAAACCAUUAGACAGAUUCCUUUACCCCCUCAAACCCAGGCGCUCUCCAGCACAACUUUCGUGCCACCUCCAUUAGAUGGAUCGUUGACCUUGACUCAGAUCUAUGACUGGCAAGCUCAACAUUCACCUAACCAUCGCUUAUUUAUUUUCAAUGAUCAACAUGGAAAUGUCAAGACCAUAACUUGGAAGGAGGCUGUUACUUCAAUACACAGAGGAGCUCGUUUGUUCCGAAACAGGAUGGCUGAAUUCUCUGUUGGGAAGCCCAGGGCAAUUAUUGCAAUUCUAGCAAUGACAGGAACGUGUUGUUUUCUGUGUAUGCGUGUGUCGUACACUGAUUCAUGAUACAGACACGAUUACUUCCUUCACGAUAUUCAUGUCUGUGCUGAGAGUGAAUUUCGUCGCCUUUCCGAUCUCUCCACGAAAUUCGGCUGCUGCUGUCGCACACCUGCUCGGAACAGUGGGAGUUGAUCACGUUCUUGUUGGCCGCGAAGUUGCUAUGCAAGAUUUGAUGACCGGGGCUCUUCAGCAACUCAAAAGCUUAUUCCCAUCCCAGGAACCACCAACUUUUUCUCCUGUAUUUAUAUUUGAAGACCUGUAUGUGCCAUGUAACGAAGAUGCGCAUACCCUGCAACUCGACGAGCUUCCUCUCACGUCGGUAGAUCUCGACGAUACGGUGUACUAUCUUCAUUCAUCCGGGUCGACCAAUUUUCCAAAGCCAAUUGCUCUUAGCCACCUCCGAUGGAUCCAGGCUGCACAGGUUCCCUGGUUCGGCGACCUAGAUUGGACUGAUAAGGUUUUAUCCUUUCAUCUCAUGCCUAUGAGUCAUGGUAUGGGUACUUCACUACCCGCUUGGACUGCAUCUACGGGACUUGUGGUCGCGGCUUUUGAACCCAAGGUUCCCGCUAUCUUACCGACACCUGAAAAUGUAUUUGAGGCAUCGCGUCUGACAUCCUGCGAUGUCCUUCUUUGCGUGCCGGCCUUCGCAGAGGCUUGGUCACGUCGUCCAGACUAUGUUCAGUGGCUUGCUAGUCGCUCUGGUCUCAUCUAUGGCGGCGGUCCCCUCAACCAUAAAACUGGAGAAUAUCUGACAGCUCAAGGAGUGUCCAUCUUUAGUAUGUAUGGAAUGACUGAAGUGAACACCCUCACCCCAUUAAUCCCAUCAAAGACAACAAACGAGGAAUGGGAUCAUUUCUGUUUCAGCAAUCAAGUCAAGUGCCAUUGGAAACCGCACGGGGACAAUUUGUUUGAGUUGAUCGUCAUGGACAACCCUCAUUGCUCCCCAGGCGUAUUCAAUACAGAGGUUGACGGGGUCAGGUCCUACGCUACGUCCGACCUCUUCAUACCACAUCCGACCAAACCCGGGUGUUGGCAAAUACACGGUCGCGUGGAUGACCAAAUUAUCCAUAGCACAGGUGAAAAGACAAACCCAGGUCCUCUUGAAAGCAUUCUCAAUCAAGACCCCCAUGUUGCGGCAGCCGUCAUGUUUGGUCAAGGUCGUUUUCAUGCAGGAGUUUUAAUCGAGCCAAAGCCAACCUUCCGUUUUGAUCCUAGUGACAAAGUGAAGUUGGCAGAGUUUCGCAAUAGUAUUUGGCCGACUGUCGAGCAGGCGAACGAACACGCGCCGCAACAUUCCCGUAUCUUCAAGGAGAUGGUUCUCAUUGCGUCGCCCACGAAGCCCUUCACUUACACAAUGAAGGGAACGGCGAGGCGACAAGCUGUCCUUCGUGUCUACUCAGAUGAAAUAUCUGAGCUCUAUGACAUCUUUGAUGAAACCACACAAUCUAAUAUCCCACUACCAACGUUUUGGGACAUGGCAUCCACUACAACGUUCGUUCGGGCUGUCGUCAACAGUGUUUUAACCCAUGCUAUCGAAGACGACGAAGAUAUCUUCCAGCAUGGAGGUGACAGUCUUCAAGCAACUUGGAUUCGAAAUUCUCUUCUUCGGGCAUUACGAGACUCGGCCGAAUUGGAUAGUCGUACUGUCACUCAUAACUUCGUCUACGACCACCCUACAAUUGAACGCCUGUCGACGUACGUUUUCUCACUCGCCGUGGGUGGGAUGUCCCCCGAGGAGCCCGAUGACUCUGCUCGGAAGGCCGUCAUGGCAGAUCUUGUAAAAAAAUAUUCGCAAGAGAUGUCAGCUCAAUUGCGACGGAGUGACGGCUCCGAGGGUGCGGCGAAGAUCGUUCUACUAACAGGAAGCACAGGAAGUUUGGGCAGCUAUGUUCUCUCCCGCUUGAUAGAGCACCCGGACGUUUCUCAUGUUUACGCCUUGAUUCGACGAGGAACAGUCGAUGUUCAUCAGCGGCAGAAGGUGGCUCUGGAAAACCGUGGUCUUGACGCGACGGCUAUUCUUCAAUCAGAGAAAGUUACGCUGCUUGAGGCAGACCUAGCCCAGGAGGUACUUGGUGUCAACGACUCGGUGUUUGACGUGAUUUCCAACACUGUGACCCAUAUUAUUGACAUUGCGUGGCGUGUCGACUUCAAUCUCAGUGUUUCUUCAUUUCAAACAAACUUGAAGGGAAUGCGAAAUAUGAUUAAUCUGGCGAUUCGGCGAGACGCUCACUAUGUUUUUGCCAGUACUGUUGCUGUGUGUCGCAAUGCUUCCCAUGGCCAUGAAGAACAAGUUUCCGCGGAUGCCGCUCUUGGGAAUGGAUACAGUGAAUCGAAGUGGGUGGCGGAAGAAAUCAUUUGUGCAUCAACGCCGGCUGGACUUCGUGCCUCUAUUGUUCGGGUUGGGCAAUUAUCUGGUGGUCCUAGCGGCGCGUGGUCGGCGAGGGAAUGGUUCCCUUCCCUCGUUGAGGCUUCGUCGCACUUCAAGAUGGUUCCAGAUGAUGAUGGAGUAGUGUCAUGGGUUCCGCUUCGUGCUGCUGGCCAAGCAAUGGUAGACUUCCUGAACUCUCCUUCUGAUGCCGAAAACCCGCGAUUCCUUCACCUUGUGCACCCGCGACCGGUACCUUGGAGAAUGAUUGCUCAAAUUCUGGUCAAAGAAUUAGAUGCGUCGCUCGUGUCGUCCAAGGACUGGCUCUACGCUCUGGAAGGUGUUGUACAAGGUAGAACUCAACACCUUAAUGCACUCGUUCUUUUACCCUUCUUCAAGGCUGUGCUUUCGGAAUCAAAAGAGAAGGCGAAAGAAGCUUUUGGUGCCAACAGAUUGAGUACGGUACGAUCUCAGGCAACAUCUCGCCAUCUGCAAAUUUUGGACCUAUUAGAAGAGAAGGACGUUUUGAUGUGGCUGGAAUACUGGAAAAGACAAGGUGUGCUAUCAGAUUGAUUCAGAUGGGUUGGUAGAGUAUUAUUACACGCUGUCUACCAUAAACUUGGAUUCCCGGUGUUUUUCGGCCUUAAAACAGAAUCCAGUACUUGCGACUUCUACACGAUCGUAUCGCAUUUACGACAACGAUAGACUUGCAGCCAUUUGCGUAAAUAAUGGGACUCACUCAACAUGUAUUUUAUAUAGAAAUCUAACAAUUUGGUGCCCUUCGGAGCCCUGCCCGCC